UCUGGCCCAUGGGUCUUGUUGGCUCACCUACCUCGGCUCCCUAGAAGUUUUCGAGCGAGAGAGCAAUAUGGCCAUGUCAGGAAAGAGGACGGUGGAGCAGGAGUCUUUCCUGGACGCCUGGUUCCAGAUGAACAAUACUGUCGCGACCAAAGAGGAGCUCCGCGCACUGGAGAAUGAUGUUGGCACGCUACGCAAGGAGCAAGAUCAGGCCGUGGACAGCUUGGGCACCUUGAUCCGGAAGGUGGCUGAGAGCAUGGCCGAGUCACUGCAUCGACUUGAGGAUCGCAUUAUGACAGACAUGGUCAAUACGGCUGUGCAAAGGGUGAAGGAGCAAGUGAUCGCCGAUCUUCCGCAGGCGCCGACGCCUGCGCGCCGGCCCUCGCUGACGGCGACCCACAAAGCCUCCGCGCUGUGCGUGGAGUCGGCGCCGGAGGAGACGGUGUCGCCGGCGUCCACGGAGAAGAUGCAAUACGAGAAGGCCACCCCCCAGACGUCGACCGAGGACGAGGAGGGCAACUCCACGGCCACCACACCUCACGGUGAUGCACUAGGCUUCGCACCAAAGGUUGCAAAGAUCAGGCCCCCGGCUGAGGAGACACCCCCAUUGCCAGGUGCUGAUCCGGAUCAGGCGCUGCAAGCGCUGAGCACCGGCCGGCAACAAGUCUGCCAGCUGCUGGAGAAGUUUUCCACCCAGCUGCAGGCGAUGCAUGUCCAGCUCGAAGCGGACUGCAAGCCCCCGGCGAGGCGUGUCGGGCUCCUGAAGGAGUCGUCCUCGGAGAAGACCUUUCCGAAGCCCAACGAGGACAUGUUGCGGCGCUUGGACAGCGUGGAGAGCUGUGUGCAGGAGGCGCUGAAGGAGCUGAGCCAGCGGGAGGCUGCGCUGAGCGGCGACAAAUUGUCGGACCCUCUGGCAAGGACGACGCCAGCUGCAGGACCCAGCGCGCUGACGAGCGCAAGUCUCUUCACAUGCGGCCUCUUGGACAAGAAGGCGGAGCUCAUGUCCACCAGCUCUGAGCCGGGCCGAACCUGGCGUGGCAGUACGCAGGUGGUUCCAGGAUCCAUGUGCUUACAGCGAAAGACGCUGUCACCGCCGAGGGCCUCUUCCAUGUUGGUGUCCUCCCAGAUCGGCAACGCGAGGACCGUGUCCCCUCCGGGGAGUCGAGAAGUGCAAACAGCUCGCAUGGCAUCACCUUGGAGACCAGGCCCUUCCGAUGCUCGUGCACGCAACUUCGGGCCCGUGGCGAGCGGCUUCUGGACCAUGACGCCAGGCAGCCUGGAUGGCUCCACGCGCAGCAUUGCGGCCUAUUAUGCCCCGCAGGCGCCCGGCAUGGGCCACGGCGGUCACAGCUUGCGCCUGGCGCCGUCGCGGCGCCUGGAGCGCCCGGAGAGCGCGCGCAGCCGGGAGCGCACGAGCAUCAGGCUGUGAGAGCAAGCCGCAAAGUCCCGGAGCCUACCUGAUGGAUUUUCUGGUUA